GGAGGGAGCGGGGCUCGCUCGGCCCCGAGGGGGCGGGCGGGGGGCUCCGGCUGGCGAGAGCCACCACCCCGAGGGCUUGACGGGGCUUUUUUUUUUUUUUUUUUUUUUUUUUUCCUUCUUCCCUCCUCCUCCUCCUCCUCCUCCUCCUCCUUCGCCUCCUCCCCCCGCUGCUCCUCCCGCUCCCCUUCCCGCGGCGGGCCGGCGGCCGCAGCAGACGCCGCGCUGCCGGGAGGAUGCCGCAGCUGCCGGGGGCCGGGGGCGGCGGGGGGGACCCGGAGCUGUGCGCCACCGACGAGAUGAUCCCCUUCAAGGACGAGGGGGACCCCCAGAAGGAGAAGAUCUUCGCCGAGAUCAGCCACCCCGAGGAGGAGGGCGACCUGGCCGACAUCAAGUCCUCGCUGGUCAACGAGUCCGAGAUCGCCCCCGGCGCCAACGGGCACGAGGUUUCCAGGCAAACUCAGACGCAGGAUUCCUACCAUGACAAAGGCAGAGAGCACCCAGAGGAAGGAAAACAUCCAGACAGUGGCUUAUACAGCAAGGGACCGUCCUACUCUGGUUAUUCUGGGUACAUCAUGAUGCCAAAUAUGAAUAACGACCCGUACAUGCCUAAUGGAUCUCUGUCGCCACCCAUCCCCAGAACAUCCAACAAGGUGCCAGUGGUACAGCCUUCUCAUGCGGUUCACCCCCUCACCCCUCUUAUCACCUACAGCGAUGAGCACUUUUCCCCGGGGUCACACCCAUCUCACAUCCCCUCCGAUGUCAGCUCCAAGCAAGGCAUGUCCAGACAUCCUCCAGCUCCUGAUAUCCCUACCUUCUAUCCCUUGUCUCCAGGGGGGGUUGGACAGAUAACACCACCUCUUGGCUGGCAAGGUCAGCCUGUAUAUCCCAUCUCGAGUGGAUUCAGGCAGCCCUACCCAUCCUCACUCUCAGUCGACCCUUCCAUGUCCAGGUUUUCACAUCACAUGAUUCCUGGUCCUCCAGGCCCUCACACAACUGGAAUCCCUCACCCAGCUAUAGUAACACCUCAAGUAAAACAAGAACAUCCGCACAACGACAAUGAGCUAAUGCAUGUGAAGCCUCAGCACGAACAGAGAAAAGAACAAGAGCCAAAAAGACCUCAUAUUAAGAAACCUCUGAAUGCUUUCAUGUUGUACAUGAAAGAAAUGAGAGCGAACGUUGUAGCAGAGUGUACUCUGAAAGAAAGCGCAGCUAUCAACCAGAUUCUUGGCAGAAGGUGGCAUGCUCUCUCCCGUGAAGAACAAGCGAAAUAUUAUGAACUAGCUCGUAAAGAAAGGCAGCUACACAUGCAGCUUUAUCCAGGCUGGUCUGCAAGAGACAACUAUGGGAAGAAAAAGAAGAGGAAGAGAGAAAAGUUGCAGGAAUCAGCAUCAGGUACAGGCCCCAGAAUGACAGCUGCCUACAUCUGAAGCAUGGUGGGAAAAGAAAUGCUUUCUCAACUUGCAAAGCAAAGGCAGCGACACCAGGACCCCUGCUGGAGAUGGAAGCUUGUUAAACCCUAGGUGUGUCCUUCAUCCACACAGACCACCCCCAAGGAGUCUGUCUAGGAUGUCAUUCACCCUGAUGUCACUGCUAGAGACACUGAAUCAUAAAGACAAUCACUGCCAAAAUCCUUCACUAUCACAAGGUCCAGCCCCGAUAUAAAUAGAGCAAACAAGCUCCUGGGUCAAGCAGAGCAGCUUUUGUCUUCACUCCACCUCUGCCUUGCGCUCUUAAGCCCUCAUCUCAUCUGUGUCCAUGUCGAGUCAGCAAACAAAGUAGCGUGGCUGUCUCUGCCUGCUUCAACCAACAGAGUUAUGUAGACCGCAGCUGCCCCAUACAGCACGUCGAGGAACGGAAUUUGCCUGGACCAGGAUGACACACUCAAACUUCUUUUUAUUUAAUGGUGCGACAGGAUCAAUUUCGGUUUUAGCUUUUUUAAGAAACUUGAAUGCUUUUAUAUUUUAACUUUAGUUUGUAAUUUCCUUGGUGUAUAUUUUACUAGGUAUGAGCUUUUAAACAAGUGUCAAAAAUCUGAACUACUUUUUAAAUAAAAGGUUUUUUUCUUUUCUUUUUUUUUUCUGCCAGAGGAAAAGCCUGUAUGGAAAAAAGGUGGCUUUUUUGUUAAACUAUUUGUAACAAAUAGUGGUCUCUCAGUCUAUAUAGUACAGUGUCAUAUAGAACUAAAUAAAUGUAACAACAGUCAGCUGGUCAGUAGACACGUCAGUCUUGCAUCACCUACUCUGUAAACAUAAGCAAUACAUCCAGCAAAUCGGACUGCAGUGAGUUCUCCUUCUCACCCAUUCCCCUUCUCCUUGUAAAAAGCCCAGCACUUGAAUUAUUACUUCAAUUGUUCUGUAUUUGUAUCUGUUUUUGUUAGCCUGUUAGUGGGAUUUUAUGCCAGUUGUUGAAAUGAGCAUUGAUGUACCCAUUUUUUAAAAUAGUAAGGCACAGCCUUUGCCAAAAAUACUGUCAACCAAUUUUUCUUUUUUUUUUUUUUUUUUUGUCAUUCCAGUUUGAGUUAAUGUGCUGAGCAUUUGUUUUUUAAUAAAAGCUUUGUAAUAAAACUAAA